AUGACCCAAUUCGAUAGCGAAGAAGAAAGCAAAAGAGAAAGCAUUAAAUCUGGAGCUAACGUGAAGGAGAAGACGGAAGUUGGUGAUAGCAUCUUAGAGAAUGCUUCGAGAGAGAAGGAAGUAGACUUGGAUUUAGAAAAUUUAUCAAAUAAUGGGAAGCCUAUAAUCAAUAGGGAUGUGGAUAAAGCCAUGGAAAUAGCAGUGGAAAUUGAUAGUAUCUCUUUAAAUGAGAAGCAGGAUAAAAAGCUUUAUUGGAAGGUGAAUCUUUAUUUGCUUCCUCUGAUUUGUUUUCUAUAUGCCUGUCAGUAUAUGGACAAAGUCACAUCCUCUUACGCUGCCAUAAUGGGAAUCAGAACUUAUUAUAAUAUGCAUGGAGAUAUGUAUUCAUGGCUAGGAACUGCUUUUUACCUUGGUUACUUGUUCUUUGUCUUUCCUGCAACCCUACUUUUACAGAAAUAUUCUCUUUCGAAAGUGACAUCGCUUUUCAUUGUUCUAUGGGGUGCACUUCUUUGCCUCCAUGCAGUUCCAAAAAGCUACGCGGGCUUAAUCACUUUAAGGGUUCUUUUGGGUAUUUGCGAAUCUAUUAUUACCCCCGCAAUGGUUAUCAUUACGAGUCAGUGGUAUAAAAGGGAAGAGCAAAUGUUUGUCACGGCCAUUUGGUUUUCUUGUAAUGGUCUAGGAACAAUUAUGGGGGGUGCCAUUGCGUACGGUUUAGCCAUACAUACUAAUUCAUAUUCUAUUACUUCAUGGAAAAUUCUUUUUAUUGUGACGGGUCUCAUGACUAUUGUCGUUGGAAUUGCCUUCUAUCUUCAUAUGCCGGACGAUCCUUCUAAGGCUUGGUUUUUGUCUAAAGAAGAGAAACAACGUGUUGUUCUUCGUAUACGAAGUAACGAGCAAGGCUUUGGAAAUCCUCAUUUCAAGAAAUCACAAUUCGAGGAGGCUUUGAAAGACUUGCAAACCUGGAUGUUCGUUGUUUUAUCAUUUGCUGCUCAAGUUCCAAAUGGUGGUAUGACCAAUUUUGGUAGCAUAUUGCUAAAUGAAGACUUUGGAUAUUCAUCAGAAGAAUCAUUACUUAUGAAUCUCCCAAGUGGUGCCAUUGAUAUAGUUGGCUGUAUCGGUCUUGCUGCUUUUAAUAAGAGAUUCCCAAGACUUCUUAUUGCUGUUUUUGCACUUGCUAUCACACUAAUGGGUGCCUGCUUAUUAGCCUUUGCAUCAUCAAACAGCGCUAAAUUAGCGGGUUAUUAUAUUUAUAAUUUCCUACCAAUUACAAUGAUAUGUUCUCUUUCUUGUUUUGCUUCAAAUACUGCUGGACACACGAAAAAAAUUACGACUAACUCACUCUAUUUGAUUGCAUACUGCGUUGGAAACUUAGUUGGACCCCAAACAUUUAUAUCCUCGCAGGCACCAGAUUAUUCUGGUGGAAAGAUCAGUAUUGUUGUUUGUUUGUGUGCUGCAUUGCUUCUCACAAUAGGUAUUUACUUUAUCUAUUGGAACAGAAAUCGUCGGAGAGAUGCCGGCAAAAAUUCCAGUGAUGUUCUGACUAGUGUUUCCAUCAUGAAAAACCGUCAAUUUGCCGAUUUGACUGAUAAAGAGAACCCAUAUUUCAGAUAUAGUUUAUAA